GGAAACGGACUCUGCCUUUGAAGGGCUCUGUCCUUUGUUCAAAUACAGGGGGAAGAAGAAGAGUUGUACUGAUGAUGAGAGUCUAACUUUGGGAAAACGAGCUGAAGAGGAGUUUCCAGCUGACAGCAUUGUUUUCACAAUCUCCUGGCAUGAGCACAGCUCUCGUCCCUGAGGGAUACCAGGUGCUCGAGACAAAGUAGGAAACACAAGUGGCAGUGCGAGAUUUCUGUCCUCGGAGUGCCGAGCUACGAACUAACAAGCAAGACUGUAAAGACCUGCAGUUUGCCCUUCUUCAGGAGAGACCUACCAAGUUUCUUUGCAGCAGCUGAACAUCCSUCACUUUACGGAGAAGGAUGUGAAGAAGGAUUGUGCCAGCUACUUGGGAUGAGCAGUGGUGUUGGAUCUCCAUGUGUGGCUGGAGUGCAUUGACAAACUGGAUGUUUUGUGGCGGUUUUUCUUCAUCCUAAGCAGCAAAGGGCUGUUAGUUUGGAUAUAGCUAUUUUGGAUAAAAYACUGAAGAAGAGACAGUUUCACACUGUUUUUUAUUUUCUUGAAAUUUCACUUGCUAGUCAGACCUGCUGGUGUGAGAAGCUGUGACUGCUUUAUUCAUACUGAUCACACUCAAAGUAGACUGAAACUGUGCCAAGAUGUCCUGUCUGCUGGGUGCAGCAUGCUAGGAACUGAGAGGGUGUUGCAGCUUCAUGCAGAAAUUAUCUUGGUGUUUUCAGUUUUUCUCUUUCCUUUCUAAUGAAACUAAGUAUUGGUUCCUGAAGAAAAGCACAUGCAAUACAAAUAUUGUAUUGUAUACACUGCACCUUCUUCCAGCACUUUAAAACUGUGGCCUUUUUUAUCAUUUUUGGUAUCAUCUGAAUUUGACAAAGAAGUUUCACACUUCAUUGACAUUUAAAAAGAAAAUUAGAGUAUCUUUCAGUGUGCUAGAAGGMGAUUUUUCAUUUCUUCUGCUGAGUUGUUUGGUGAAGAUACACCCAUGUCUCAACGCCGCCUUUUAAGGGAAGGACAUGAAAGUCAUUUUAGGAUCUUACAAAGAUUCUUCCAAAUCCUUCAUGGCAGACGGCACUCAAGAAAUAACCCACAUCAAAUAUGCUCUGAUGAAAUCAUGCAUCAGGAUAUCAUUCCACUCUAUGCUGCAGAUAUUCAGGACCAAUUAAAGAAACAAUUUGCUUAUCUGUCAGGUGGAAGAGGGGGAGAUGGCUGCCCUGUUAUCACCUUUCCAGACUAUCCAGCUUUCAGCGAGAUCCCUGAGAAAGAGUUUCAGAAUGUCCUGACCUACCUGACAAGCAUUCCGAGUUUACGAGAUGCUGGAAUUGGAUUUAUUCUUGUCAUAGAUCGCAGACAGGACAAAUGGACCUCCGUGAAAGCUUCCAUACUGCGGAUAGCAGCAUCUUUCCCAGGAAACCUGCAAUUAGUCCUCGUUCUGCGCCCAACAGGAUUUUUUCAUCGAGCUCUCUCAGACAUUGCUUUCAGAAUCAACAAAGAUGAGCUUAGAAUGAAAGUACCUAUCAUAAUGCUGGGCUCAGUAUCAGAACUGCAGGGUUACAUUGAUAAGACACAAUUAACAGAAGAUCUUGGUGGCACCCUGGAUUACUGCCAUAACAGAUGGCUGUCCCGUCGCACUGCUAUAGAAGGUUUCGCGCAAAAGGUUAAGCAAACAGCUCAGAUUCUUCAGUCCUUUGGGACUGAGCUGGCUGAAACAGAACUACCAAAUGAUGUGCAAUCAACCAGCUCCCUUCUUGCAACACACACAGAAAAGAAGGACAAAAUGAAGGAGGAUAUCAGGGUAGCAGUAGAACAGGGAGAUGAUAUCCUUGGAAGUAUUACAAAACCAGUUACUGAGAAUCCUGAGUACAAACUGAAUCAGGAUCAACUAGACAAUCAAACUACGGUAGAAAGGCUACUGGCUCAAUUACAUGAAACAGAGACUGCCUUUGAUGAGUUUUGGAUUAAGCAUCAGCAAAAACUAGAGCAGUGUCUGCGCCUUCGGAAUUUUGAACAGAAUUUCAGAGAGGUCAAAGCAGCUUUGGAUAUUGUGUCUGAGAGACUGUCUGCUUUCACAGAUGUGGGAAACAGCAGUUCACACGUGGAGCAUAUUUUGAAAGAUCUUGCCAACUUUGAAGAAAAGUCAUGUGAAACUGUAGCAAAAGCCAGAAUGUUAGCCUCAGAGCGUGAUGCUUUUAUUCAAAGCAAUCAUUAUGCUGUGGACUCCAUUAUUCCAAAAUGCAGUGAACUUCAUCAUCUCUGCGAUGCCUUCACUAGUGAGACAGAAAGGAGRAGAAAUCAUCUUAACAAAUCUCUGGAGCUGCAUGACCUACUAGAGAAGUCUAUGAAGUGGUGUGAUGAAGGAAUUUACCUKCUGGCUUCACAGCCAGUGGAUAAGUGUCAGUCUCAGGAUGGCGCAGAAUCAGCGUUACAGGAGAUCGAGAAAUUCCUGGAUACCGGUGCUGGCAAUAAAAUCAAGGAGCUGAAUAAAAUUUACAGAGAGUAUGCCCACAUCCUCAAUGAAGACCUAAAGGAGCACGUGCAAAAGGUUUUCCAGAAGCAAGAAAGUAUGGAAGAAAUGUUUCAAAAGCGACAAGUAAGUCUUAAGAAACUGGCAGCUAAGCAGACACGUCCUGUUCAGCCAGUUGCACCAAGACCUGAAGCAUUUGUAAAAUCUCCUUGUAGCUCUCCAGGUCUUCAAAGAGAAUACGGGUCCAACUCAGAAAGCAGUGCACUGCGGAGGGCAAACUACAGAAAAGGAAAGAGUGAAAUGACUGAACUCCAUCAAAGCAGAGGAGGAUCUACAAUGGAUGAUGAGGAAAACCUAGCUGUGUUACGACAGCAUGUAAUGAAUGAACUUAUUGAGACUGAACGAGCAUAUGUGGAAGAACUUCUCUGUGUUCUUGAGGGUUAUGCUGCAGAGAUGGACAACCCCUUAAUGGCUCAUCUCAUCUCACCAGAACUGCAAAAUAAGAAGGAUAUCUUGUUUGGGAAUAUGGAAGAAAUUUAUCACUUUCACAACAGAAUAUUCUUGAGAGAACUAGAAACCUAUGUAGAAUACCCAGAACUAGURGGACGGUGCUUUCUGGAUCAGAUGGAAGACUUCCAGAUUUAUGAAAAAUACUGUCAAAAUAAACCUCGAUCUGAAAGUUUGUGGAGGCAGUUUUCAGACUCUGURUUCUUUCAGGAAUGUCAAAGGAAACUCGACCACAAGCUCAGUUUGGACUCAUACUUGCUGAAACCYGUUCAAAGAAUAACCAAGUACCAAUUAUUACUAAAGGAAAUGCUGAAGUACAGUAAGAACUGUGAAGGUGCUGAGGAUCUUCAGGAAGCACUGACUUCUAUACUGGGCAUUCUUAAAGCAGUUAAUGAUUCUAUGCACCAGAUAGCCAUUACAGGCUAUGAUGGAAACCUGAAUGAGCUGGGCAAGCUUUUAAUGCAGGGAUCCUUCAAUGUCUGGACUGAUCAUAAAAAGGGUCACACAAAAGUGAAAGAUUUGGCACGCUUCAAGCCAAUGCAGCGACACCUCUUCCUCCACGAGAAAGCAGUGCUGUUCUGUAAAAAGCGAGAAGAAAAUGGAGAGGGAUAUGAGAAAGCACCUUCUUAUAGCUACAAACACUCCUUAAAYAUGGCUGCAGUUGGAAUCACAGAAAAUGUCAAAGGUGAUGCAAAAAAAUUUGAGAUUUGGUAUAAUGCGAGGGAAGAAGUUUACAUUAUCCAGGCACCAACCCCUGAAGUUAAAGCUACUUGGGUGAAUGAAAUAAGAAAAGUUCUGACAAGUCAACUACAGGCAUGCAGAGAAGCUAGUCAACACAGGACACUGGAACAAACACAGAGUUUACCCCUUCCACUACCAGCAUCAUCUUGUGCAAGUCCCUCACGAAACCACAUCAGAAAUACCAAAAAAAUGGAGGAGAAGAAAGCUGAUCUAGAAGGUUGUGGCAGUACUGUAGCACCAAAGUACCCUGAGAAAGGCAAAGAAACUCCAUCUUCCUCUGCUAAAAGCCAGACAUUGCCAAUGAUCCUUCUUACAGGACCAGCUUCUCCUACCAGUCCUGACAAAAAAGCCAAACGGCAUGAAGUAGUGAGUGACCCAACUCCUUUUGGUUUAAGAGGUUGGGCCAAACCAUCCCAUUCUCUUGAUGCAUCCGAAGAAAAUGAUGGCUGGUCUAGUGCUGAAGAACCGCUGAAUUCAUCGGAUGCGGAGGAAGAAGGAGGAGGAGGAGGAGGAGUAGGGGGAGGCGAGAUGAAGCUGACUCCUGGUAAAUAUACAGUUGUGACUGAUUAUGACAAAGGAGUUUCUGAAGAAUUUACAGUGAAAAGUGGAGAACUAGUUCAACUGAUUCGUGAAGGGGAGGAUGGACUUUGGUUUGUAAAAAACCUGAGCACUGGUAGAGAAGGUUGGAUUCCUGCAAGCAAUCUGCUGACACUCAUAGGCAAUUCAAAAUCAGCUCAAUCUUUAAGCAGCUCUGAAUCUGGCACUGCCUCCAGCACUUUGAGCACAUCUUCAAGUUGCAGUGAGAGCUGCAAUGUCAGCAGCACCAGCUUCUCUGACAUUAAGGGCUAAUGUGAAAUGUUCAUCCAGCCUCCCUGGAAGGUAAAUCUGGAGAUUGUCAUUUGCUGCAGAGUUGUGGACAUUGGACUUCAUUGGAGAACCACCAGCUCUGUGUUGCCAGCUCUGCGUAUUUUUAGUGGUGAYUUCUACAGGUUCUCCCAGAAGAUCCCAAUGAAAAGUGCAUGGAAUGUGAAGUUGUAAAUAAAAAUUAAAUGAUUUGAAAUAGGGUUUUGUAGAGGUUUCUGCUCUGAAGAGCUGUUAGCAUAAAACACAUUUUCUCUGUGACACACAAUCAGGUUUCUGCAGAACUGUAUCUUUUUGUAACAGCCAGAAUCUGAAUGUGAGCAAAAAAAUGUGUUCAAUGCUAAAUSCUCAUUGUAAACUAAUAACAUAGCAAUCAUUGUACAGGAUAGGUAUGAGGAAAAUAAAUCCAAGUUUACAAUUUCUUCUCCCCAAAAAACCCUUUCUCCAAGGACAUACCUCGGUCAAUGCAGUGAAUGGGACUCUUACAGCAAUGAGGAAGGAGGUUUGGUCCACCCUUUUCUCUUGUGUUUUCAGGAUGCUCUUCUGCUUCCUAGAGGCUGGAAUGCAGAUAUGACCAAUUCACUGACCACAACAACAUCAGAAGAAACUAUUAUUUUAUCCUUUCUGACCUUUUAAUGAYGUGUGCAAUGGAAUAACUCUUUUCUGGGGUAUUUUGACCUCACAACCAAAUUCUUUACCAAGAUCACUGUGUUUACAUAGACUUGGCAAUUAAGUAGUAUCUUUUUUCUUAUGCAGGUGCACAAUGAAACACAAAUGUUCUUAUUCACUAAAUGKUUUUUUAAUAAAUGGUAAUUGUAUGGUUACUUUCAGCUCUCACAAUUAACAUUGCAGUUACAGGCAGAGGAAACUAUUGAAACUUCACUGUGGRUCAAGAGCCUUCCUUCAGACAAACCUAUGAGGGCUGGAAAUCCAGCAUAUUUUAAGUCCAUAGUGUUUAUUCCAGCUUAAUUAAAAGAGAAAAAAAAAGAA